GCUAUUAUUUCUGUUCUUGAUCGUCCCUGUCUGUUUCUAUCAACAGAGGAAACAAGUGUGGUGUCGUCCAGCCUAGGAACAAAAUAAACGACGUAUCGUUUACCAUAUAAUAACUUUAUCUUCUCUAAACGGCAUGCUAUUUUUAAAAAGUGGAUGACAUGGAGGGUACGAAACGCAGAUUCCGAAAUUCUCGACCGAGGCAAUCCCUCGCUUCUUCUCCAAAUCACAGACCCCAACAGCUUCUCAUCUUUGUUUCCGGCGAUUUAUAUUAGUUUUUCCUUCACGCUUGUAUAAAUAAAGUGGACUUCUUAUUUGAUUAUUGUUGGACAUCAAGGAUUUCUCUCAAAGGAUUUGGAUACGAGCACGUUGUUAUUGCUGAAGUUUGGAAUUGAUGGAUGUCGAUGGCGGGGAAAGUUCCUCAUCAGAUUCCAUAAGUGUUCGAUCAAUUCCAAUACAUUCUAGGCAAUCUGAAGAUUUUCUUUAUAAGUUCAAACAGCAAAAUAUUCCAGCUUGUAAACCUGUCUUAACACCAGCAUGGGUUAUUGCUACACUUUUAUUGCUGGGUUUUUUUUUCAUUCCCAUUGGGCUUGUCACUCUUCGUACUUCUCGUGGUGUUGUUGAAAUCGUGGACCGAUAUGAUGCAGAUUGUGUACCUGAGGCAUUUAAAGGCAAUAAGGUGUCAUAUAUCAAGGAUACUUCAGUUCCCAAAAAUUGCACCCUUGUCUUGAAGGUGCAUAAGCAUAUGAAGGCUCCUAUCUACGUAUAUUAUCAGCUUGAUAAUUACUAUCAAAAUCACCGAAGGUACGUCAAAAGUAGAAGUGAUCAACAGCUCUUACAUGGACUAAAGUACAAUGACACGAGCUCCUGUAAACCUGAAGAGUCCAACAAUGGUCUUCCUAUUGUCCCUUGUGGGCUGAUAGCAUGGAGUUUGUUCAACGAUACGUACAAAUUUAUUCGCGGGACAGCAGAAUUGAGGAUCAACAGGAAGAACAUUGCAUGGAAAAGUGACCGUAACCACAAAUUUGGGAAGCAUGUAUAUCCCUUCAAUUUCCAGAGUGGGACCUUGAUUGGUGGUGGAAAGCUAGAUCCUAAUGUCCCUCUAGGUGAUCAAGAAGAUCUUAUUGUAUGGAUGCGUACUGCUGCCCUUCCUAGCUUCCGAAAGCUGUAUGGUAGAAUUGAAGAAGAUUUGGAUGCAGACGAUGUUAUACUUGUUCACCUGAUGAACAAUUACAAUACAUACAGCUUUGGAGGGAAAAAGAAGCUUGUCAUUUCAACGUCAAGCUGGUUGGGAGGAAAGAACGACUUCCUUGGUGUUGCCUAUAUCUUUGUUGGCUCUUCUGCCAUAAUCCUUGCUCUCUUUUUCUUAUUGCUUCAUGUGAAAAACCCAAGGCCAUAUGGUGACACAGCUUACUUAUCCUGGAACAGAAAAGGAAUUUCUAGUUGAGAAGGUGACAUUCAAAAUUCGAGUUAAAACGGUUCCUGUUGAUCUCACUAGAUUGUGUAAAAUUUGAAAUUCUGGAGUGAAGCUCAUUUUGUUAUUUGAUUCAAAAGAAUUAAAGCAUCUUGUUGAUUACACUGUACACAGUACUCUUCAUAGGAAACUGAUCUUAGAUGAACAUCCCAAUUACAUUACGUGAAUGUUGAAACUUGUAAAGUUAUUUUGUUUGAUGAAUAUAUUAAGGGAAAUUUCCUAUUUCA